GCAUGUUUUAUUUUGUCCUCAUAGGUUAUAUUUUGUUAUAGUUUAGUUUUCUGUUAGCCUUUUCAUGUAAAAUAGGUAAAACAAAUGUAUAAACAGUCGUUCAGUUAACUUUGCAAUGGAUUUCGCGCGCAGACAACUAGAAAAAUACGGCUGGGCCGAUGGUAAAGGACUUGGUAAGCACGAAAAUGGUAUAUCAGAGGCAUUGAAACCUAAACUGAAGCGCAGUGUAGCCGGCGUUGGUCAUGAUGCUGCUGCAGAAUUCAAUGAACACUGGUGGACUACGCUCUAUGAUAAGGCUGCUGCAAAUGUUGAGGUCAAAGAAAAAGACGGUGUAACAAAGAAAAUAAAAACAAAAGACGAACAGGAAUUCGUAAUCACAAACAGUACUUGGAAACUUAACAAGAAGCAAAAAGAUACAGACAACGAGGAACAGUACUCAGACUACUUUGUCAGAACUGCGGUUCUGACUAACGGUGCUAGUAACGUGGAGCGAGUUAGGGAGUCUGACUCGGAAGAUGAUGAGAAGAAAGAUGUGUUUAAGAUGACCGAUGAAGAGUUAUUUGCUAAAUGUGAAGGACGGACUGCUCAUAAAGGAGCUCGCCACGGUUUAAAGGCUACAGGAAAACUAACGAGGAUAGCCCAACAAGAAGCAUUGUUGCUCUCUCAAUCAAAAUACAGCGGAUAUUCACACGCCAAGAAAUUAAAGGAACAAGUCGAAGAUAUCAACUUAAACAGCGAUUCAGAUACCAAUGAACGUAAAAAGAAGAAAAAGAAACGAAAACGCUGUAACAGUAACGAAAAACCUGAAUUACAUAUGACCUUGGCUGAAUCUGAAGAAAUACCUUUGCCUGAUAACAAUGUGACAGAUGAUGACAAUGUUGCCAGUGUACUAAAAGAAGAGAAUGUUAGUAGAAAAUCUAAGAAAUCGAAGAAGAAAAAAAUCCGUGAAAUUGAAGUUAUACCAGAAGAAGAUGAGGAUGUUUGUAAACCUAAGAAAAAGAAAAAAGGAACUGAAAAUACUGAAGUACCUGAAAUUAUGGAAACAAAUACUGUGGAUGACAUGACUAUUGCUGAAGAAGAGAAUUUAAUGAAAAAAAGCAAAAAGAAAAAAAAGAAAGCUGUUGAAUCAUAGUCUUUCUUUUAUUUUUAAGUA